GGCGGCUCGAGGAAGACGCUAAGAUGGCGGCGAGUCAGUGUUCCGGCCCGCAGCCCAGCCCCCAGCCUCCCAUGGCCGCGCAGCCGGAUUGCGGGACAGGCCCCAGCGUGAGCCCCGCGGCUGCCCCAGCUGCCCCGCCGCCCAGGCCCAGAGCCCCGUCCGGCUGCCAGGACACUGACAGCUGUGGUCAGUCGCCAGCCGCCAGGAGCUUCGGGGACGAGCAGGGCUGCCCGUCUGCCGCCCGCCAGCCCCAGCACACAGGCCCUGAGGACUCGCUCUGCCAGCCGGGACCCGGAGACGCGCCAUCCGUGCACUCCGCAGCCAGCCCCUGCCAGCCGCCGCCUGGCCCGGAGCCGCCCUGUGACGGCGCGGAAGGCAGCCCCGAGGCCGGCCCUGGACAGCUGCCCAGGACCCCCAGGCAGCCCCAGCCCCGCGCCUGUGUCAACAAGGUCCUCAAGCCGCUUGCAAAGCCAGGGAAGCCGCUGCCCGCCUCCGAAGGGACACCAAGCAGCUCCGGCACCGCCCAGGCUGCCCCCGCCCCAGAGAGCACCAUGGAGGCCGAGCCUGCGGGGCCUCCUGAGCCGCAGGCAGCCAGCAGCGGACUGCAGCAGGAGAAGGCCUGGCCCGGCUCUGAGGCACCGGAAGCCCCGCCGGCCCAGGGAGGCUCCGCCAGCUGCCGCGACACACAGGCGGUGGGCCCGGACUAUGUGGAGGAGGUGUACAACGACCAGGGGAAGGUGAUCCGCUUCCACUGCAGGCUGUGCGAGUGCAGCUUCAAUGACCCCAAGGCCAAGGACAUGCACGUGAAGGGGCGGCGGCACCGGCUGCAGUACAGGAGAAAGGUCAACCCGGACCUGCCCGUGGCCGAGAAGCCCGGCCCGCGGCUGCGCCGGCUGCUGGAGGGGCGGCUGCGCGCGCAGAGACGCCUGGCGCGGGAGCGGCUCGAGGCGCUGCGGCGCUGGCAUGCGGAGAGCAGGUGCUACGAAGCGCGCUGCAGGUGGCCGGAGGAGCCGCCGCCCCCAGACGAGGAGCCGCCACACCUGCCGCCUGACUGGCCGCCCCCCACCUCUCAUGGGCAGGCCCGGGGCCACCCUGUUCCCGGUGGGUGGCCCGGCUGGCGGCCGCAGACCAGCAACGACCGGUACGUCCUGUUCAAGCACUCCAUCAUCUACCCCACCGAGGAGGAGCUGCUGGCCGUGCAGAGGGCCGUGGCGCACACCGAGCGGGCCCUCAAGCUGGUGUCGGACACGCUGGCCCGCGAGGAGGGGGGCGGCCAGUGCAGCACCAUCGCGCCGUCUGCCCGCGUGCUGAAAGGCGUCAUGCGGGUCGGCGUGCUGGCCAAGGGCCUCCUGCUGCGCGGGGACCGGAGGGUGCACCUGACCCUGCUCUGCUCCGAGAAGCCCACGCACACGCUGCUGCGCAGGAUCACCGAGCUGCUGCCCCGGAAGCUGCUGGUGGUGGCCGAGGACAAGUACGAGGUGUCCUGUGACCCCGACGCCAACAUCAUCAUCUCCUCCUGCGAAGAGCCCCAGAUGCAGGUCUCCGUGGCCGUCACCUCACCGCUCGUGCGAGAGGAUCCCUCCGCGGACGGAGGCUCGGAGCCCGCAGCGCCCCAGUCCGAACCUCGAGACCUGCUGAGCGCCGAGACGUGCCUCGAGUCCCUGGCCGCCCUGCGCCGCGCCAAGUGGUUCCAGGCCCGGGCUAGCGGUCUGGAGCCGUGUGUGGUCGUCAUGAGGGUGCUGCGGGACCUGUGCCAGCGCGUGCCCACCUGGGGGGCCCUGCCGCCCUGGGCCAUGGAGCUGCUGGUGGAGAAGGCUCUGAGCAGCGCCACCAGGCCCCUGAGCCCCGGCGACGCCAUGCGCCGCGUGCUGGAGUGCGUGGCCACCGGGACGCUGCUCGCAGACGGCCCCGGGCUCCAGGACCCCUGCGAGAGGGACCCGAUGGACGCGCUGGAGCCCAUGACGGCGCAGCAGCGCGAGGACGUGACAGCUAGCGCGCAGCACGCGCUGCGCAUGCUGGUCUUCCGGCAGAUACACAAGGUCCUGGGCAUGGAGCCGCUGCCGCUGCCCAAGAGGAGGCCCGGCGUCCGCUUCCGCAAGAGGGAGCGCGAGGCCAGCAAGGCGCGGGAGGCCGCGGCCAACGCCGACAGCAAGCGCGGCAAGCCGGGCGCGCAGGGCCUCGCCUGA